AUGGUACAUUCGAACAGAACAACAACAAAAAACGGCGCCCUACCGGGAGUGUUGCCAUCCCAAGGUGGCAGAAUCCCAAUUGCACAAGCUAGUCAAAAAAAUAGAAUGGACGGAAAGAAGGCCUCAGGAUCGUCCCUCUUUUUCACUAAAAGAACAGCUAUGUUAUUUUUUGUUCUUGCUUUUAUCUUUUUAAAGCAUCAAGAGGAUUUCAAAAGACACGAUGUGAACUCUCUAUUACAAAUAAAUAAUCAAGUUGGUAGAAAUUUAGGGACAAAUGAAGAAAACACUCCAUUAGAAGAGGGGCUCGAAUUGACACUAGGUGAAGAAUUUGAACAAGCAGCUCAGUACCUCCUGGAGGAGGAGGAUGAUGACUGCAUAUCUGGUAGCCAAUCCAAUGUAACCUCUUGUUGGAAAUGCUGUAAGCGUAAAAAUAAGAAUGGUAAGAAAAAAAAAAAAAAAAAAAAAGAACAAAAAGCUCCUAUUGAAAAAGAAGAAGAAGCUCCUGUUGAAAGAGAAGAAGAAGCUCCCGCUGAAAGGCAAGAAGAAGUAAAGGAAGAAGUAAAAGAAGAAGUAAAAGAAGAAGUAAAAGAAGAAGUAAAAGAAGAAGUAAAGGAAGAAAUAAAAGAAGAAGUAAAGGGAGAAGAGGAGGAAGAAGUGAAGGGGGAAGAGGAAGAACAUGACGGCGAACGCGAAGAAAAAGCUCCUAUUGAAAGAGAAAAUAUGAAGAAGAAAUGGAAGAAAAGUAACACAAGAUCGUUAAGAUAUGAUCAGGAAGAACAUAUAGAUGCUGCAGGUGAAUUGGACAAAUUAUUAUUUGGGGUUCUGGAAUUAUUAGAAAAAUACAAAACCCAUAGAGUUAGUAUUUUCCACUAUGAAAUGUCUUGUUUUGAUAAAAGAUUGAGCGACUCUGAAAUAAAUAAUAAAUUAGAAGAAAUGGAAGAAUUACCUAAAAAAUGCGAAUUAGCCUCUCUCUACUGGCAAUCAUACAUAAAUGAAAUACAUAAAUAUGCUGAUGUUAUUAAACGUCCUUUCAAAAAAUUUCUAGAAUUAAAGAAAAAACAAACUACUAAAACUGUUCAAAACUAUAACAAGAAAUGGGAAAAAUGUGGAGAGAUAAUUCGUAAUAACUUUAAGGAGCAACGCGAUCAUGUUAAUGAUGUAUUUUGUACCUUCGCUGAAAAAGAAAUUUUGAGCGCAGAUGAGUUCAAGGAGAUUUUAAAACACGUUAGAGCUUCAUGGAGAGAAGUCACCCUUAAGGUAACGGAAGAAUGUUUAGCCCUCUUUGAAAAACCAAAAAUUUCCUAG